CUUACUCUGAACACCCUCUUGGUCCAACAUGGCGACUAUCCCUCCUGUAUCUGCAGCUGAAUUCUUUGCUACUGACUUCGACUACCUCGUCGUUGGUGCUGGCACGGCGGGAUUGGCUGUCGCUGCAAGGCUCUCGGAAGACCCUCAUGUACACGUUGGCAUCAUCGAAGCUGGAGAGCUCGUACUUGAUAUGCCCGAGAUCAACAUACCCGGUAUGGUAGGAAAAUCUCUGGGAACCGACGUAGACUGGAAGUUCGCUACGGUUCCACAAGAACAUGCAGCCAAUCGUCAGAUAGGGCAACCUCGCGGGAAGGUCGUCGGUGGCUCUUCUGCAUUGAAUUUCGCAGCCUUGGGAAGGGCGUCUGCUGCGGAGUAUGAUGCGUACGAAACCUUAGGCAACAAUGGAUGGAACUGGGACGAAUUCCUGAAGUAUAUGAAGAAGUCCGAGAACUUUACUCCACCCCCUGGCGAUUUUGCUAUCAAGCAUAAAGCUGAUUAUACCGAUGAGUUCCACGGCCGUGACGGUCCGAUCCAUAAGACAUUCCCCAAUUGGAGCAAUGACUUGCACGUCCCUUUUGCAGAGGCAAGCGUAGCCUCUGGAGUACCAUACAAUAUCGACACGGGGUCUGGGCGCAACGGAGGGACAUAUACCGGUGCAUUCUGUGUAGACCCUAAUACCGCUACCCGCAGUUAUUCCACUACGGGAUAUUAUCUUCCCAACAUCGGAAGGAAGAACAUGUCCCUCCUUACCGGAGCACAUGUCUCGAAGAUCCUUCUGGACUCGUCCAGUGGAGAGGUCAUCGCCACGGGCGUCGAGUUCAUGAAGGAUGGAAAGACCACAGUGGUCAAGGCAAAGCGGGAGAUCAUCCUCGCCGCAGGCUCUUUCCAAACUCCUCAACUUCUGGAACUUUCCGGCACGUCGAUCUCACUUCGCAUCGGUAAAUCUGACGUCUUGAAGAAGUACGGAAUUGAACAAGUCCUCGAACUUCCAGUCGGCGAGAACCUCCAGGACCAUGCCUGGGUGUCCUUCGUCUUCGAGGUCGCCAACGACAUCACCACAUUCGAGUCGUUGGCGGAGUCUCCAGAUAUCGUGGCCGAGAACAUGCGCCUCUACCAAGAAGAGCGCAAAGGGAUGUUUUCGUCGGUAUUCUCCUCGUACAACUUCGCGCCAUUGCACUCGCUAUUCACACCUGAAGAGCUCAAAGCCUUCACGAAUGAUCUGGACCAAGCCUUCCCUGACACUCCUCUCGGUCAAAAAUAUCGUGCCCUGUACAAGGCAUGGGCCGAGGAUAAGGGGCAUGCCCAGCUGGAAAUACUUCAAACCCCCGGAUUCCUCAGUUUUGGGGCAGCUAGGCCGAAGCCCAACGUUCACUACAACACGUUCAUGGCGGGAAUCCUCCAUCCGCUGUCUCGUGGCUCAGUUCAUAUUGGAUCUUCCGAUCCUCUUGCUGCGCCUCUGAUCGACCCCGCUUUCCUGAAGGACCCGCGCGAUACUCGUCUUCUCGUCAAGUUGGUGUCGUAUUGCCGUGAACUAGCGGGAGCCGAUGCCUAUAAAUCGGCCAAUCCAGUACCAUACGACCCUCCCAACGACAUGGAUGGCGAAGAGCUAGAGAAAUGGGUUCGAAGCAUCGUUAGCUCCUUCUUCCACCCGAUUGGCACUGCGAUAAUGCUUCCGAAGGCGGACGGCGGAGUGGUGGACCCUGGGCUCAAGGUGUACGGUACGAAGAACUUGAGAGUGGCGGACGCCUCAGUCAUACCAUUUGUACCAUCUUGUCACAUCCAGUCCACCGUCUAUGCGAUUGCGGAAAAGGCCGCCGACAUCAUCAAGGCCGACAAUGCUUGAAUGAAGUACAAACGCAUCACGCGUAUUGCCAUCAGCGCAGUGGACGAGAGCCGAAGUGAUCGGCGGGGCAGCAUGACGCACUGAAAGAUAUGCAUGUAUGUAUCGCCUAGUAAGGACCUUUUGUUCAAAGACCGCGAGGAACAGAGACUAUAUGUGUUAUUUGC